AUGUUUGACAGCUCGCAGUACCCCUACAACUGCUUCAAUUACGACGCCGACGACUACCCGGUGGGCAGCUCCGACGAGGAGAAGCGGCUCUCGAGACCCGCGUACAGCUACAUUGCGCUGAUCGCCAUGGCCAUCCAGCAGAGCCCCUCAGGCAGAGUGACCCUGUCGGGCAUCUACGACUUCAUCAUGCGCAAGUUCCCCUUCUACCGAGCCAACCAGCGGGCCUGGCAGAACUCCAUCCGCCACAACCUGUCCCUCAACAGCUGCUUCGUGAAGGUGCCUCGGAUGGAGGGCCAGGAGAAGGGCAAGGGCAACUAUUGGACGUUUGCUGGUGGCUGCGAGUCGCUGCUGGACCUCUUUGAGAAUGGCAACUACCGCCGGCGACGCCGGCGCCGCGGCCCCCAGCGCGAUGGGGCAAGGGGGGCGCAUGUGGGGGGUGCGGAGGGGCCGUCAGAGCCGGCCCCCCACAGCCAGCCCCCCACCCCUGGCAGCCCGGCUGCCCUGAGGAAGGAGGAUUGCAGGGGCAUCAAGUUCAGCAUUGACUACAUUCUGUCCACGCCUGACCCCUCCCGGGGGCUGCAGAGCCCUUGCGGCCAGCAGGAGGCCAGAACCCCCAGACUGGAGGCCCAGCAGAUGAGCUUCCACCUGUGGACAGUAUGA